AUGGCCAGAGCAAUAUCUAGAAGAUCAAGGGCAGCUAGAAGAGGAGAGGUUGAUCCAGAUGUCGAACAAGAUUCUCAAAUUCAGCAGUUAGAUUCUUUACCUAGGGCUGAGAAUACUGAUGUUAUUGGCCCUAUGAUCAGAGCUUCAUUAAAGAAAAACCAGCGAUUACUAGACAUUAAAUUGGAGAAGAAGCAUCACAGAAAUUCAAAAGAUGUCACCGAAACGGUUGUUGGAGGAGGAAUACACAAGAAAAAGCACACAAAUAUGAUUUCUAGAGCUGUCAAGUCUCGAAGAAGAAGAGGAGUUAGUGUUAAUGGUAGAUUAUCAAAGAGGAUAGAGGAAACUAUUAAGAGACGGAAUCAAAGACGUUAUCUGAGAAGUUCAGAUUGGGAUGCCGUUAAUAAGAUGGCAAAAGAUGCAGUGACAAAAGAAGAUGUGGAUGCUGCAGGCAAAAUACCGUCUAAAGAUAGGGUAGAUGAUGAAAUGGACAUGGAUGAAGUUCACGAAGAUAAGAAGAACCUAUCAGAAAAUUUGACGGACCAGAUAGAAGAAAAGAAAACCAAGAAUAUGUUCGACCUGCUAGAAGAAGAGAAUUCCUGA